CCAUCUGGCGCGGUUACAAGGACAUCAAGGACGCGGGAGGCUGGGCAGUGCUUGUCUUUUCCGGCGUGGGAUUCUACCGCUUCUGCAAAUACAGAGUUGGAUUUGACCCGGAUAGCAUGCAGCGACUUCGGUGCCUCCGACCGCAGAUCGAGGUCGCCGCCGAUACGCUGCACCCCACAUGGCGGCAUCUACUCGUGAUUGUCGGUGAAUGCACGCAGCGUCGCUUUUUCGGCCACCCACACGACUGGGUAGUCUACAGGGACGGUUCGGAUCCGGUAUCGCUCCGGUCAACAUACCUCAAGUGCAACCCUAACUUCAGCUUUGAGCAGCUUGAACAUCCAGUCAUCGAUAUGAGCGCGUGGGGUACCGAUGACCCACGGUGGGUGCCGCCAGUGGACGCCGUGGCUUGCGUCCUAGGCAUACACACAUGUCAAUCGUGCGGGCGGGAACAGUCCGAAGACCCUAUGACCAACUCGUGCUACUGCUUCCCGACGCUAUUUGGGUUCGGACGCCGGUUCCCUUGUCCGGUGCAGGUGUUCCGGACCUCUGACGGACGCAACAACGGCCUGAUGGCCCUGUGUCCGUUUGAGCGCGGCGCGGCGAUAGGAGAAUUUGUGGGCCUUGUCACGAGAGAUUUGCAAAACACGGAUGUCAUGGAUAGCUCGACGGGUGGCCAAGCCUAUCAGAUCUGGCAGGGUCGGCAGGGCAACUUUACGAGGUUCAUCAAUCACAGUCGCCAGUCCAAUGCGCAAUUCCAGCAAUUUGUGUGGAUGAGUACGCAGCGCAUCAUCCUAUCAGGCCUGCCCACGGCCAUAGCCGCUCUAGAAGGGAUGGUCAGGGGACUUUCGGCCUCUGACCUCGUGGUCUACUCAGACGGGUCGAUGCUCGCCGAAAGCGCUAGGUCUUUGAUGCCGCAGCUGAAGGAGCCCGGCAAGGCCUGCGGCGAGCACUUCGUCUAG